AUGCAAGAACUGUGGAGCGCUCAUGUCAACUGGGACGAAGAAGUGCCUAAGCCUAUACUGCGUGAGUGGAUAAAACACAGAAAUGAUCUUCAAAAUUUAUCAACGUUAAGACUCUGCCGCUGGAUUAAUACAUCAGAUACCACAAAUACCGAAUUUCACGUAUUCGCUGAUGCUUCAAAUCGAGCUUACGUAGCCGCUCUAUACGCACGUACUGUUCACCCUGACGGAAAGGUAAAUGUUUCAUUGGUAACUGCCCGUACUAAAGUAGCACCGGUAAAAACUAAAACGCUACCGCGCCUUGAGCUAUGUGGAGCUUCACUAGCAGCAAAGCUUAUUCGGAAGGUAAGAGAAAGCAUUGGCGGUGGAUUUCGAAUGUAUGCCUGGAGAGAUUCAACUGUGGUACUCGCGUGGUUGCACAGCCAUCCUAGCCGAUGGUCAACUUAUGUAGCAAACCGCGUGGCAGAGGUCCAAGAUGUUCUUCCCCCUGAAAUAUGGAAUCAUGUACACUCAGAGCACAAUCCAGCAGAUUGUGUUUCUAGAGGCGUCAACGCCAGUCAUUUGCUACAACAUAAUCUUUGGUGGAAUGGACCCGAUUGGCUACGAAGCAUCAUACCUACAUGGCACCGAAGCAAUUCCAGUGAACACUCAACUUGUCUUGAAGCACGCAAUAUAGCAGCAGCAACGGCUCAAAUCGCCAAUGACAUUGAGUAUUGGGAUUUUCUUUUCCGGUACUCAUCCUUCGACAAACUAGUUCGCAUCACAUCUUACUUGAGACGCUUUAUAUACAACAUCAAGUGCAAGGUACAAAAUUCAACGCCCCGCUACGGAUCUUUUACGAUUGUUGAAUUGCACGAAUCCGAGUCGCUAUUGGUAAAGUAUGAUCAACAUUUUGUAUUUCAUCAACAAGUUAUUGCUUGCAGAGAUAAAAGGAUUGUACCGAAGCGUAGCAGUUUACUUCGUUUAAACCCCUUUCUGGACGAACAAGGCAUUCUCCGUGUAGGAGGUCGGCUACGCUAUUCAAAUUUGCAUUAUGAAGCCCGCCAUCAAAUUAUUUUGCCCAAGAAUUCGCCGCUAGCCAAGGCCAUCGUAUCCGAUAUUCAUUUAUACACUUUGCAUGCUGGCCCUCGUAUCAUGCAAGCUACGCUCGAAAGGCGUUUUUGGGUAGUCGGCGCUCGCAGCCUUGUACGCAGAAUAUAUGCCAGCUGUGUGAAAUGUACAGAAUUGAAUCAUCGACCAGUUCAACAAAUGAUGGCAGACCUUCCUGCUAGUCGUUUUUUACAUACGGCUGUAGAUUUCGCAGGAUCAUUUGCGCUAAAAUAUAAGAACUGA